UAACGGGCUGCCAGACAAUCGGCCAAAGAACAUAAUCUUGUACCGAAAGCACAUACAUCUACGUUCGUGCUCUGUUUCAGCUGCUGUAUAGGCUGGUGUGCUGUCGCUGUGCUUUUUUUUGUCGCAACACUUCACAGAAAAACAAACCAGUCAAGCACACCGUGACGCUGGGUCCCAGAUGAAUGGCGAUAAUCAUGUGAAAGCCUGCCCCUGGGAAACCGACAUCAUUACUGUGAUCUGAAAGCGCGCCGAACGAACGUACAUUCCCACCCUCGGCGAUCAUGGCGGACCCCUUUGAAGUUCGCAUGCGCUUCACGAACCUCCUCACACAUCUCUCCGCUUCCGCGACAGCAUCGAUAAAGACAGCCCACUAUGCCCUCAAGCACCGGGACAUGGACGAGGAUUUACACUCAUGCAUCCUAGAAAACCUGGAGCGGGGGAACAACAUGAACAACCGGGCCAACAUCAUGUACUUUCUCGAGCACCACGCCGACAUCAACAUGAAGGAAGGCGGACACGAGCCGUACGUGGAAAUGAUCAAAAGAGACAUCCGGCGGAUCGUGGAUGCCGUGGCGCAAAGCGGAGCCAACGUCAAGGUGGUGCGAAGAGUCGUCAGCGUCCUCGGCGAGAAAGGCGUCCUCCCGGCCGACGUGCUAACCGAAAUUGAGUCUGGCUUGAAGGAAAAAGAAGAAUCUCUGGGAAGACUACUAGGCGACGGUGACGAGGACGAGGAUGCUAAGCCGAUGGAAGAAGCCGACAGCAACGAGGCUGCUGCUGCUGCUGCUGGAGGAGACGUGAAUGCUACUACUGCGGCUGGCACUGGCGCGGGAGGAGAUGGCGGUGCUGGCCACAAAGCCACCCCUAGAACCGCCGGUUCACAUUCGCACUCUACAAAACCGAAUGGCGUCUCGAAAAUGGACAAAAGGGCCAUCGAGCAGAGAAUCGAGGAGGACAGGGAGCGAAACAAGCGGUUACGCGAGAGUGUUUGGGCGGUUUCGGGCGACGACGAUCAGGAAUUGGAUAAGAUGUGGGAGGAAGGAAGUCAGCUCGGUGAAGAUGACCAGGUCAUUGCUGCCGAAGAGGCAGAUGAGCGGCUUCAAUUCGCUCGAUAUCAUCGCACAAUGGUAGAAACAUGAGCGGUACAAUACCAAAAAACAACUACUGGCGGUUACUAGUAGUACGGAAGCUUUUGGAUUACUAGUUGGAAUCAAACUGCCGAUCGCCCUGAGUGGGUGCUCCACCCUCCGUGGAGGAGAAGCGGUUUCAUACAUCAGACAAAGAGCAGCUCGAAAUCUGCCGUUUGAUUUCCGAAUUCAUCAAACUACACCAGUCCUGGUGCGCGGGUAUCCACUGAUAUGAGGUUUGAAUCAUGACCUCCCAGCAGCUCUGCUCUGAAAUCUGGUUCAGCCUUCAAGCUGCUCGCGCCUUUUUCGGCGCGACUCUUGUUCCAUCCGGCGACUCGUCGUCGUCGUCCUCGUCAGACUCGACAACCUUCCUCUUGCGGAAAGCAGCCUGGACAGACUUUCCAUUAGCCUGUGGCUCUUCUGCCUGCUCUGCUCGCUCUGCCUUCUUCUCUCUUCGCAGUGCAUAGGACAACAGAAGACCUUCAUACUCGUCUUCUUGUGCUCGGGCACUAUCCUCGAUCUGCGGCAGGCGCUCUUCCAAAGGUACUUGUUGGAGCAAGUCCUUGUUCUUCUUGAUGAUGCGUUGCUUGAGCAGCGUUCGCCACCAGUAAUAAUUUCUGUCAUCGGCGUUGGGGGCUCUAGGUCCUCGGAUCUUGAGGCUGGUUAGGGAUGCACCACCAGCAGCACGGUGCGAAAGCGGGAUCUGGCCAAGAAGAUACAUCUCGACCAUACGGGAGAAUUGACGAGAGGCGAUUUUGUUUUUGACUCGUAUAGCCUCGAGUUUGUCUAGCGGAAGUAGAGACGCGGUCGGCACCCUCUUAAGGCGGCUCCGCUCCACCGAGGCGAAUGGCGAUGAGUUGAUUUUGAUAUCUGCAGCCCUAAACUGGGGUUCGAGUCGAUCAAAAUCGUUCAGAUCUCGCAGCUUGUCAAACUCCUCGCUUGGGUCCUCAACUGUCAUCUCGACUAUCGUAGGAUCAGCAAGGACCUCGUCAUAGAUGGCUUGGUAAAGCGCGGAGCCAUGACCAUGUUGUUGAUAUGGGGGGGUAAUCAAGAACUGCGAUAUCCGUAGGCGUGAGGGCAAUUUCGUGGGCGUGAUCUCUUCUGACGGCGGGAAUGAGAAAGGGGUCAGAUUUUCUGGCUGGGGGCCGCGCUUGGGAAACUUGUAGAAGCGGUACGUUGUGGCGUAGCCGACAAACGAGUAGGGACAAGCAGUGGGAGUCGGAGGCUCGGAUGACUUGUGAUACACGAGAUAGACUCUCCAUCUGUCCAAGGUCCAGUCCACAUCUUCCAGGUUGAUGAACUGGCCACCUUCGAUGAAGAAAACAAUCAGGAUCUGGAUGUUGUCGACCAAA